ACAAGAAAAAAACGCAGAAGAGUAAGUAUUUAAUAUUUAUUAGAAUAUAUAUAAGUUCAAUAUUUUUUAGUUUUUAUUUCAAUAACUACACAUUUUUUUUUUGCUUCGAUUUUAACUUUGAGGGUUGUUUUGUAUAAAAAAUGUAUGUAGUUAGUAGUUUGUGCUUUAGACUUUUAGAGAACUCAAAAUUCUAAGUACUUUUUUUGAGCUAUUUAUACUGAUAAUUAAAAAUAUUAAAAAUCUAUAGUCACAAUAUAUUUUUUUAGUCGUUUAAAGUUAGAAUUUUGACAAAAUCUAAAAAAUAUAAACAUUAUUUUGUAAAUUAUAUAAAUUAUACUUAAGUUUUGAAUUGAUUUUAAAUUUAAAAUAAUUUUUUGAUAUUACACUCACAAUUUUAACUCGCCUCUACGCGCGAAAUAUUCUCGUCGUGACGUAUAAUAAUAAUAUUUUUUUGAAAUAGAUAUAUAUUACAAGGCAGAAGAAUUGUUGAUAUAGCGUACUUAUUCAAGGCCAUUCAAAGUAUUCAACACAAGUUUGACUGUACAUUUUCUAACUUAACAAUUAUAAAUGAAAAAAAAAAUGGGUUUUUUAGCACAUUUGUUUUUAAAUGUAAUAUGUGUGGUACGUUGGAAAAUAUUUACUCGGAAGAUCCUGAACGAAAAGGAUUCAACAUUAAUACAGCAGUUACCUCUGCCGUAUUAAACACGGGACAAGGGUAUUCCCAAUUGGAAGAAUUUUGCGGUAUACUUGAUAUGUAUUGUAUGUCAUUUCCCACUUAUCAAAAUAUUCACGAGGAAGUAAGUCAAAAUAUAUUUAAUGUAAGUUUGGAAGAGAUGAAAAAAGCUGGACAAGAAGAAUCGAAAAUUGCAAUUGAAAACGGAGACGUAGAUGAACAAGGUCGUCCGUUAAUAACCGUAAUUGCUGAUGGUGCGUGGUCCAAGAGAUCAUAUAAAAGCAAUUAUAAUGCUUUAUCUGGUGUCGCUUCCAUAUUUGGAUGGAAUACAAAAAAAUGUUUAUUUGUUGGCGUAAAAAAUAAAUAUUGUAUUAUUUGUCAUCGAGCUUCCCAACAGAAUGAACAAACCAGGUCUCACAUAUGCUAUAAGAAUUGGGAUAGUACCUCUACUUCGAUGGAAUCAAGUAUAAUAGUGGAAGGAUUCAAGGAGAGUAUUCCAAUGCAUAACUUAAUAUAUGACAAGUUAAUCGGAGAUGGUGAUAGUAGCGUGAUAAAGAACUUAAAUUUAACUAAACCAUAUGGACCGGAUUUGAAUGUAAAAAAAAUAGAGUGUACAAAUCAUUUACUCAGAAAUUAUAUAAACCGACUUCGUGAAACAGCUAGUCGACGCAAGUGUACAAAUGGAAAUAUUGUUCCAGGUGUUCAAAGAACUUUUUUAAAAAAUAAUUUACUCCGUCUUCGAUAUGCUGUUACGGAAGCCAUAAAAUUUCGUAGUAAAAUGAAAAAAAAUAUUAUCGAAAAAGUCAAAUUACUUAAAUCAGAUAUUUUGAAUGGACCUUACCAUGUAUUUGGACACCAUACACAUUGUGCCCAGUAUUUUUGUAUGGGUCCAAAAGACGGUGAAAAUAAUUUAGUGCCCGAUUUGGAAAAAUCCGGUCUUUGGAAUGACAUUUUAGCAGCAAGAAAUUUGUUGGCACACCAUUCUUCAAGUUUAAUUCACAAUGUUAAUAAUAACUGUGUCGAAAAUUAUAAUAGCGUAGUCGCCAAAUACGUGGGUGGAAAGCGUAUUAAUUUUUCUUUAAAAGGGUCUUACCAAACACGGUGUCAUAUUGCUCUAACUUCCUUAAAUACAGGUCCAUCACAUAUAAGUAUAUUACACAAAAAAAUGACAAAAUCAAGUCCAGGUGUAUUUACUAAGCGUUUUAUAGAACAACGUUCAAACAAAAAUAACACUAAAUUAAAACGACGACAAUUGUUUGGAAAUAUCAAGCCUAGUAAAAAAACGUAUAUUGGCCCGGACAGAGACUAUGGAUGUAUUCAAGAAGAAUCUCAAAUAUUAGAUAUAGAACCAAAGGAAUUUAAUAUUAAAAAAUUACAAUUUUUAGAGCGCUUAUCAAAGACCAAUGAAGAAAUUAAAAUAUUAGAAAAAUCUACAAAAAAUCAGUCGGAAAGUGACCUAUGGAAAGCUGAGAGAAGUAUACGAUUGACAGCCUCAAAUUUUGGAAAGGUUUGUAAAUUACGAGUAACAACUUCAAGAAAAAACACUGUUAAAACUAUAUUAUAUAAUGCAUUUUCCGGUAACUCAUCUACAAACUAUGGUAUUGAAAAUGAACCUAUAGCAAGAAUUUCUUUUGAAAAAGAGAUCAACUUAAAAAUUAAACCCGCUGGUUUAUUUGUUGAUAAAACAUAUAAUUUUUUGGCUGCAAGUCCUGAUGGGUUAAUCGACGACGAUGGUAUCAUAGAAAUUAAAUGUCCAUACACUAUAAAAGAUCUUACACCCGAAGAUGCUAUUCAAUGUGGAAAAUUGAAAUUUGCGACACUCAUCGAUGGAAAAUUAAAUUUAAAAACAAAUGAUAAUUACUACUAUCAAAUACAAGGACAACUAUAUGUAACACAAAGAUCUUACUGUUAUUUCGUCUUGUGGUCAUCCAAAGGCAUGCUGUACCAAAAGAUAUUACGAGAUGAUGCUUUUUUUGAACAACGAAUGCAGCAACAAUUAAUUUCAUUUUAUCAUGACCAUUUGUUACUUGAAAUAUUAGACUCCCGUUUUCAUCGUGGUUUACCUAUCAGAGAUUAGUUAUUACCUAUUUUUUAAUAAUUUUACAUACAACAACGACUACAGUAUUAUUAUUAUGUGUUAUAUAUUCUGUAUUUAUAUCCAUGACAAAAAAGUAAGUGAUUUUAAAUAAAUGUACAAACCUGUUUAAUAUGUUCUAUAUAGUAUAUACAUAUUCCUAUUUGACCUAUUUCCUAUACUAUAUGUAAUAAAAUUAAAUCCAGGUUGUUUACUUGUGUAUUGUCAUAAUUAAUCAUAAUUCAUUAUCUGAUAAAUUAUAAUUGUAAAAUCCCAACAAUGGUUUUACGAUAACGAUAAGACACGCAACUCGCAAGUACGCGACGCAAUCGGAAUGUCCGAACUACCUGAUCAAUGGAGCGGAAGUGGUGGUACAUAUAUAGAACCACACUCACACUAAUAAUCAUUUACGACUAACACAAAGAUCACGAGUGGCGACGAUUAAAUAAGAAAUUGCCUAAAUUUUUCCCCUUAAAUAAUAGUCACUAAG